CGCCCAGUACAGUGUGGUUGGUGCGGAUACGCCCACACUUUGGGGAAGGAGAUUAAGGAAAAGGUGCUCCGUCUUUGGACUUGGAGGAACCAUAGUUAUAUACUAUAUAGCUUCUCUUUACUUCCCUAUACAAUCAUGUUCAGGCUUGCCCGACUAGUCACUCACAAUUCCUGUCUUGUGGGUAGGCCAGUUGUACCUCGGCCACUCCAUCAGUCCACACUGAGGACAAGAACCGCACCUUUUCGUAGAACUCUCUGCGAUCAAGCCCCACCCCAGACCCCCAAGGGUAUCCCGUACAAUCAACUAACAAUUGGAGUACCCAAAGAGUCUUUUCCAAACGAGAGACGAGUUGCCAUCAGUCCGGCUGUUGUCCAAGCACUCACUAAAGUCGGUUUCAAUGUCGUCGUUGAGGAUGGAGCUGGCGAAGAGGCAAAAUUCUCAAACUCGGAUUAUCAGACUUCUGGGGCUUCCAUAAAAUCCAAAAAGGAAGCCUUUGCCUCCGACAUUGUUCUUAAAGUUAGGGCCCCGUCCCUGGAUGAGGUUGGCCUCCUUAGAGAAAGGAGCAACCUCAUCAGUUUCCUCUACCCAGCACAGAAUAAGGACCUACUGGACAAGCUCUCUGAAAGGAAAAUAACAGCAUUGGGUAUGGACUGUGUGCCCAGGAUAUCCCGUGCUCAAGUAUUUGAUGCUCUCAGUUCAAUGGCUAACAUUGCUGGGUAUAAAGCCGUGGUUGAAGCUGCUAAUAACUUUGGACGGUUCUUCACUGGCCAGAUAACAGCAGCUGGUAAAGUCCCUCCCGCCAAAGUGCUAGUUAUAGGAGGAGGUGUGGCUGGUCUAUCGGCUAUUGGUACCGCUAAGAGUAUGGGGGCAGUAGUGAGGGGAUUUGAUACAAGGGAAGCUGUGAGAGAGCAGGUCCAAUCCCUUGGAGCUGAAUUCCUUGAAGUAAACGUGAAAGAGAAAGGAGAAGGGACGGGUGGGUAUGCUAAAGAGAUGUCAAAAGAGUUCAUUGAAGCUGAGAUGGCUCUUUUUGCAAAGCAAUGCAAGGAGAUAGACAUAUUGAUAUCCACUGCUCUCAUACCUGGGAAACCUGCUCCUAAACUCAUCUCAAAGGAGAUGAUCGAGAGCAUGAAGGAUGGUUCGGUAGUUGUUGAUCUCGCUGCCGAAGCAGGUGGUAACAUAGCCACUACUAAACCAGGCGAGCUCUAUCGGUAUAGUGGCGUCACACACAUUGGAUAUACUGACCUACCCAGUCGAUUGCCGACUCAAUCAAGUACACUGUAUGCUAAUAAUCUUUCUAAAUUCCUUCUGUCAAUGGAAGGAGACAAAGGACACUUUGCUAUUAAUUUAGAAGACGAGGUCGUACGAGGUGCUAUAGUUUUACAAGAGGGGAAGCUCCUCUGGCCUGCCCCGCCUCCUAAGGAGUUGACCAUGCCCAGUUCACCUGUUCCCAUGGCAAAAGCAGAAGUUGUUCCAGCAGCAGAACUGAAUCCGUUUAAUUUAACAAUGAGAAAGUCACUAGUGUACACAGCUGGUCUUGGUACCAUAUUAGGACUCUCUCUCAUUUCUCCUAAUCCCGCCUUCAAUACAAUGGUAACCACUUUCACUCUCUCCGUCAUCGUCGGCUAUCAUACAGUUUGGGGUGUCACCCCUGCACUCCAUUCCCCCCUAAUGUCUGUCACCAAUGCUAUUUCAGGUAUAACGGCAGUCGGUGGUUUAUUGUGCAUGAGUGGUGGGUUCUUCCCCGGUUCUACUCCAGCUGCUCUCGCUGCAGCUGCUGCCUUUAUCUCAUCCAUCAAUAUAUUUGGAGGGUUCCUCAUCACUCAGCGAAUGUUGGACAUGUUCCGUCGUCCAACCGACCCACCUGAGUAUAACUACCUUUACGCCAUCCCUGGGGCAGCUUUUCUAGCCGGCUAUAUGGGAGGGCAUCUUUACGGCGUCCCCGAUAUACAACAGAUGGGAUAUCUUGCUGCUUCACUCUGCUGUGUUGGAGCUCUUGGUGGCCUCUCCUCUCAAUCUACCUCACGUCAAGGCAAUGCACUGGGUAUCAUUGGAGUCAGUACUGGAAUGAUUGCUACUCUGGCUGGACUGGGAGCUUCGCCUGAAUUGAUGACACAGAUGCUUACCUCAAUUGGAGUAGGUGGGCUCAUUGGUACCGUCAUUGCUAAGAAGAUGGCCAUUACUGAUCUCCCUCAACUUGUUGCAGCCUUCCAUUCAUUUGUAGGCCUUGCAGCUGUCCUCACUUGUGUAGCAACCUACAUGACCGACUACACUCACCUAAUGACGGACUCCAGUGGGGCGGUCACCAAAGCAGCUCUCUUCCUGGGUACUUAUAUUGGAGGUGUGACCUUUACCGGGUCCCUAGUUGCCUUUGGUAAGCUACAGGGACUAUUGAAAUCCGAUCCAUUCAAGCUACCAGCACACAAUGCACUGAAUGCUGGUAUGCUAUUGACCAAUGUGGCUGCCAUGGGCUAUUAUAUGACCAAUCCUGGCUAUACUAUCGACAUGGCUUGUCUCACUUCUACAGCUGCACUCUCUUCUGCUAUGGGUAUCACUCUGACCUCUGCUAUUGGUGGAGCUGAUAUGCCUGUUGUCAUCACGGUAUUGAACAGUUACAGCGGGUGGGCUCUCUGUGCCGAGGGUUUCAUGCUUAAUAACAACCUCAUGACUAUUGUAGGAGCAAUGAUUGGGUCUUCUGGUGCUAUACUCUCCUACAUCAUGUGCAAGGCAAUGAAUCGCUCGCUCACAAACGUCAUCUUCGGCGGCUACGGAACUCUAUCGACGCUCGGCGGUAAACCAAUGGAGAUCACUGGCACUCAUACAGAGAUUAAUGUCGACGGUACAGUAGACAUGAUCCGUGAAGCACAGAACAUAAUAAUCACUCCAGGAUACGGUCUCUGUGUUGCAAAGGCACAGUAUCCCAUAGCUGAGAUGGUUGAUCUGCUACGCAAACAAGGAAAGAACGUUAGGUUUGGCAUUCAUCCUGUAGCUGGUCGUAUGCCUGGUCAACUCAACGUGCUACUGGCUGAAGCAGGUGUCCCUUAUGACGUUGUACUAGAAAUGGAUGAGAUUAAUGAUGAUUUCCCUGAUACCGACCUCGUGCUGGUCAUUGGUGCUAAUGAUACCGUAAACUCGGCCGCUCUCGAAGAUCCUAACUCGAUCAUUGCUGGAAUGCCAGUACUACAGGUCUGGAGUUCAAAGAAUGUCAUUGUGAUGAAGCGUACGCUAGGAGUUGGCUAUGCAGCUGUUGAUAAUCCCAUAUUCUACAAGCCCAAUACCUCUAUGCUGCUAGGAGAUGCUAAGAAAACGUGUGAUGCUUUGCUCUCUAAGAUCCAAGAGGUUUAUAACAGUUGAGGGUGUUUUUGACUUACUGCUUUAGAUUUAAGAUAACUAUUAUUAUAUUAUUAAUAUUUUCACAAUAAUAUUUAUUUAGUUUUUUCUUAUAGCCCUUCAUUUUAUUAUUUUGCUAACAAACUAUGAGUUUUUGAUUGUAUUAUAAUAAUUUUUUGCUGAUUGAUUAUAAAUCACACUA